CUCUCUCGUGUUUGGUCUAUCUUGGCAGUGGAUGUUGAGUCCUGCUUCUUUGAGCAAAUAUCAGCGUAGCUUGAAGUCGACCUCAGGAGAUCGAGGGGGAAAAGAAAGCCGAGAAAGGGUUGAGGAGAUUGAUUGAUAGAGCGAUAGAUAGAUUGGGGGAGGGAAAUGAAUGGUGGGGAGGAGGGGGGAGGAGGAGGAGGGGAGGAAAUGGAAGAGGACGGGAAGGAGGAGAUGAUGGUGGUGGAGGAGGCGACGGGGAGGGAUAAGACGGUGUUGAUGUGGGGUUACCUUCCCGGAGUGUCGCCGCAGAGAUCGCCUUUACUUCAUCCGGUGGCCGUCCGAGUGCCGGAUUCGCCAGCAGGAGACCGGUGGAAGGAUGUCAGUGGCGGUGGAUGCGGAUUCGCCAUGGCCAUGUCCGAGUCAGGCAAGCUAUUUACAUGGGGUUCUACAGAUGACAUGGGUCAAAGCUAUGUUACUUCGGGGAAGCAUGAGGAGACUCCUGAGGUAUUUGACCUCCCAACUAAGGUACCCAUAGUCAAGGCAGCUGCCGGGUGGGCUCACUGUGUAGCAGUCACAGCUCAAGGAGAAGUCUACACAUGGGGAUGGAAAGAGUGCGUGCCUUUUGGGAGGAAUGUCAGAGACCAGUCGUCCUCUGAAGGAGCCUCAGAAAAAGAGGAAAAACAUAGUGGAUUUAUGAGUGACCAUGUGAUGCCUAGGUCACAGGGCUCAAGAACUACUGGAACCAUGUCAGGUUUUGAUAGUGGAGGUGGUGAUGAGAAUACAAAGCGAAGAAGGUUAUCUUCAGCUAAACUGGGACCUGAAAGCUCUUCGUCUGGUGAAGAAGCUCUUUCAGCACCUCCAUGUCUUGUAAAUCUUAAUGUAGGUGUCCGUAUCACAUGUGUUGCUGCAGGUGGACGUCAUACACUAGCAUUGUCAUUUUCAGAUGUAGGUCAGGUGUGGGGUUGGGGCUAUGGAGGGGAAGGGCAACUUGGUUUGGGUACUCGUAUCCGGAAUGUGUCUUCUCCUCAUCCUGUACCUUGUAUAGAGUCAGCUUCUUUUACUAAAGACCAAUCAUCACCAGCAACUAAAGGGAAACAAGGUUCAGAUGGGCAGGCUUUUAAACUCAUAGGAACCUGUAUAAAGGCCAUUGCUUGUGGGGGUCGUCACAGUGCUGCUGUUACAGAUACAGGAGCCCUACUUACUUUUGGCUGGGGACUUUAUGGCCAGUGUGGACAAGGAAGUACAGACGAUGAGCUGAGUCCAACAUGUGUCUCAUCACUUUUGGGUGUCGAGAUACAAGGAGUUGCUGCUGGCCUAUGGCAUACCAUGUGUACGUCUGUUGAUGGUGGUGUGUAUUCCUUCGGUGGGAAUCAGUUUGGGCAGCUAGGAACUGGUUCUGAUCAAGCUGAGACCCUUCCCAAGCAACUGGAUGCACCGUGUCUGGAAAACAAGAAUGCUAAAUUGAUCUCUUGUGGAGCACGUCAUAGCACCAUGCUGACAGAAGAUGGUCAAGUAUUUUGCUGGGGAUGGAACAAAUAUGGCCAGCUUGGUUUAGGGGACUCGAUUGACAGAAACAUUCCUUCUGUGGUUCCUAUAGAGAACCUCCAGCCCAAAAACGUGUCAUGUGGUUGGUGGCACACUUUGGUUCUUGGGGAAUCGCCAACAUGAGGAUCACUCACUUAUAGAAAAGGAUCUGUUUAGCAGUUUUGUUAGAAUCAGUAGUUAUUGAUCUAUAUGCACAUGUACAUAUCAAUCAAUCAAUAGGCAUGCAGAUGCAUGUAACCAUUCUUUCAUGUUUGCCGCAACCACAAUGGUCACUCGUGGAUAUAAACAGGAAAACCAGUGUACUUUCUUUGAUCUGCAAUUUGUUCUCCGUCCGACUCCCUGCGGUCAAGUGACCAGGUGAGUAUCUACCUGUAGCAUAAGGGAAACUGUUGGUUCAACUGUGCCAUUUAGUUUUUGUCUCUUCUUCUAAAAAGGGCGUGAUCAAGAUUACAAUUAACAACUAUUCUUUCUGAUACGACAGCCACCGAUGCCGAGUUCAUAGGGAAGCUUUAUUCUUGAUACAAGAAGUAUAGCUUUGUUCCUUUUUUGGCUGAACCUGUGAGCAUAAUUUUCAUCAUGAUGUGGUUGCCAUUCUUUUUCCUCUGAAUCAUAUUAGAUCUAAGUCAAAAGUAAAAAAAAAUGCCAAUUGUCUCCAGGAUUCCACAGAGGAAAAACCUGGCUACAAGUAAUGCUUUUGUGAAUUGUUUGUUCCCCUUUUUGGUUUUUAUGUCGGGACCUGAUAUUAUGUGAAUCGUCACAUUGGUUGAAACUGCGAAAUACUUGUCCUCUUUUGGCUGCCAAGAUUAGUUCAAGUCAAAUAUUAUAUUUUACAGCAAGUGGAGAACAAGAUCACGUAAAUGAUCGUCGUUGUCUUCAAUACUAUCUGCUGCAUUCCUCAGGACUCAGGUGUGAGGUGGUGUUAAUAGCCCACAGAAUCCAAGUUUCCAAGGUUCUCUUCUCCCCUUCCUCUGAUUUCCAUGGGUCGGAUCGACACUUUUUGUCUUGGUUUCACCAUAGAAUAUGACAGCUCUUUUUGUUAUACAACUUAGAUAUGGCAACGGUUCUCUCUGAUGUGGAAGAAAUCUUACGUGUAAGUAACCCAGUGUAAGCAUGUCAUAUGCUUUCAACAUGUCUGGUUUCUUCUCUUCCUCUUCUUCUUCUUCUUAUGCCGCAUCUGCACCAGCUUCAGCUGCAUCGCAUCAAUCCCUUAUUCGGCGAUCGGCCGAGUUGCUUAAAGGCUUUCUUGGUGCAAUUGUGAGGCCAAGCAAGGCAUGUCGACGGAGAGUAAGGUUAUAAGCUGCUACAACGAUUGACAUCCAAACCAUCAAAUCGACGGGCCGGUUCGAUUUUUAAUCCUUCUCUGAUUCACGGUUCAGAUGAACCGCGUCGAGAUCGCCACCAGAAGGAAACAUCUCUCACCCUCUCCUCCCAUUUGCUCCCCGAUCUCUCUUACGGUUAGGGUUGUUUAUAGGUAAGAGGGACAAGAAACCACCGGUGGCCGGCCUGCACCGUCUUCUCGGCGCCCGCAGCAGCAGCAGCGGCGAUCUCCGGCGGCGAGGCACGGUGGGGGUUCGGUGUCGGUUCACCGUGCGAUCCAACCGGUCUAUAUUUAACUGGGCCGCUUCGGUUCGUUUGCCACUGUCUCUCCACCCGCUCGCCUUGUGUGUCGUGCUCGUGCGUGUUCCUUGGGUAGACGGAGGUCCCAACCUGUACAGGCCGACUUCGGUUUGACUCUGGACCAGGACCCGGAGGGUGCCUCCGCCCGCAUGUGGUCCAGCCUCGGUACAGGAUUGAAGAACGCGGAAGCAAGCGUCGCGAUCUCCGCCGUCCCCGCAACUCCCUUAGCUCUUGAAGGCCCCUUGCGAUCUUGAUUCUUUUGGGCGUUCGAUUCGAGGAGGAGAAAGAUCCGUACGGAGGAAAGCGAGGAGAUGGCCGAGAACGAUUUACCAGAUCAAAAUUUCGCACCCACGAAGAAGAAAAAGUCCGACGAUGAAUCCGAGAAGAGG